AUGGAUCCCGGCUCUGCGCUGCAGGACUUCCUGCAGCCGCUCCGGGUCGACAACCAGACAGUCCACACACUGUCCCGCCUGUUUUACUCCAAUUUCAAAGACCUCGCCCUCAACGCCCACGAUCAAUUCCUCCCGACGCCCAUUUCCGAAUCAAUUCUGAGACCCGUAACCCAGCGUGGUCAUGGAAGCGGCGGCACAAAUUUGAGAGUGGGCUUCAUCGAACUCUCUGGCGCAGAAACACCAUCAACUACCGCCAACUCCACACAGACGAACGAGACCUCGUCAACUCCAACCCUGAACCUCAAAGAGCAGGCAUGGCCCAUAGACAACGCCCUCAAAGCCUCGUCAAAUUCAGACCCUCAGCUUCUCUUCGACUGGAUUGGUUCCUGCAUCGCAACAGUGGUCCGCUCCGCCCUCGAGGAAUGGCCCUCUCUCGCGGCGGAACCUGAGCUGCCGCUCGGCAUCACCUUCAGCUUCCCAAUGGUCCAGCACUCCAUCUCCGACGCCACCGUCAUGACAAUGGGCAAAGGCUUUAGCAUACAGGGCGAUGCAGAGCUCGGCCCCUUACUCCUGCGAGGCUACGACAAAGCCCGUAGUGCGGCUGUUGACGUCCAACUACCACCAAUCCGCAUCGCCGCAAUCUCAAACGACUCGGUCUCAACACUCAUCUCAUACAUCUUCCUUUCCCCGCCAACGACAAAGGCCUCUAUGGGCCUCAUCGUCGGCACUGGCUGCAACGCCACCAUUCCGCUGAAACUCUCCCUCCUCGGCGGCUCCAAACAGCCCGCAAACAUUAGCCUCCUUCCUGGCGAAUCGGCAAGCGACGUACGCAUCGCCGUGAAUACGGAAUGGUCUAUCCGCGGUACCGCACCCCCUCUGCGUGAACUGAAGCUCAUCACCACCUGGGACUCUGCACUGGACGCAGCCCUGGUAGGCCCCAAUGAGAUCACUGGCUUCCAACCUUUGGAAUACAUGACGGCAGGCCGGUAUCUGGGCGAACUGGGACGUCUGAUGCUUUUAGACUACCUCAAGACCGUUUUAGGAGUCAACGAGGACUCCCUCCCAUCACGUCUCCUCGUCAGAUACGGUCUCACCACCACGUUCCUAAGCCACUUCAAGCCCCUACACUCCCCAGCUCUUCUCCCGAAAGUGGAGUCAGAAUUCCCACCUGACUCCUCUUCACCAUUCAAAUGGACGGAAGAAAUGGCAACAGCCCUCUACCACAUUGCCAAAGCAAUUGAGCUCCGCGCCGCAGGCAUCGUUUCUGCGGCAACCGUCGCUCUCCUCAGGCUCGCCGGGGACCUUCCCUCGGACGACACGCCUUCCAAAGCCCCGGAGCUGGGCGUUGGAUACACGGGCGGCUGCAUCUCGCAGUUCCAGGACUACCUCGCCGACACGCAGAUGUUCCUCGACGAGAUAAUGAAGCUAGACUACGAUGGCAAGUUGCCCACUAGGGUUGUACUGAGUCCCUGUCACGACGGUGGCAUCAAAGGCGCAGGUAUCCUGGCGGCUGCGACGUGUGUCAGUCAGAAGCAUGAUAUGUAA